UCACUUCAGAAGCUUCUGAACGGUGCAGCGUGUCAGACGUGGUACCAUCGUAGCAUCGUGCGGCGAUUCGAGUGGUAUCGUUUGCCGCGGUUUCUCGUUGAGAGAGAUCUCUCUCGUCGUCGACGUACUCGUGUCUCAUGUAUCGUUCAAGUACGCGGUCGUACGCGCAGCGUCUCGACAUGUGUCAUCAGGUAUUCAUGUAGUAUCGACUGCCGCCUUACGCACAUUCGCACACCAUCUUCGCCGCCGGAAGAGCAUCGUCGAGGAUAAAUUCGAGGGCACGGGCGACGUCGCGGAGAGUAACGCGGAAGCAGCGGGGACAGGACGACAAGCAGGAGAGCGAUUCGACCGAACCGGAAGUGGACGACGAAGCACGCAACGAUGGAUCAGAAACGCGUGUACAAACUCGUGCUGACUGGAGGACCAUGCGGUGGCAAGACGACCGGACAGGCCAGAUUGUGCACCUUCUUCGAGAACAUGGGCUGGAAGGUGUUCCGCGUCCCCGAGACCGCCACUGUGUUACUGAGCGGCGGUAUCAAAUUCUCGGACCUGAACGCGGAGGAAGCGUUCAAAUUUCAGGAGAAUCUCCUGCGCACGAUGCUGCAGAUAGAAAACACCUUCUUCCAACUCGGUGAGAGCUGCUCGAGGAAUUGCUUGAUCAUCUGCGAUCGCGGCGCGAUGGAUGCUUCCGCUUUUAUCUCGAAGGACAAGUGGGAACUGAUGAUGGCCUCCAACGGAUGGAACAACGUUGAGCUUAGGGACAACAGGUACAACCAAAUUAUCCACAUGGUAUCUGCAGCGAACGGCGCCGAGGAGUUCUACUCCACCGAGGAGCACGCAUGUCGUUCAGAAGGCGUAGAGCUCGCUCGCGAACUCGACUACAAGGCUGCGGCCUCCUGGGUCGGUCAUCCGUACUUUGAUGUGAUCGACAAUUCACAAGAUUUCGAGUCCAAGAUCUGUCGGAUGAUUGAGUGUGUGUGCCAGAAAUUGGGUAUCGAUACGGGUGAUCGACUGCGUGCUAGCAGUCGCAAGGUCAAGUUCCUCGUCAAGGCGCCGUUGCCGGCGGACGACAAGUUCCCGCCCUUCCAGGACUUCGACGUCGUGCACAACUACCUCCAGAGCAACAAUCCUAAGAUGCAAGCGCGUCUGCGUAAGCGCGGCCAGAAAGGUCACUGGUCGUACAUCCAUACAAUUCGUCGACCGAAGAUAUGCGGCCAAGUAAUCGAGGUAAAGACUCAACUGACACAUCGGGACUACCUGAACAUGCUAUCCCAGCGCGACGACUCACAUUUCACCAUUUUCAAACGUCGCCGCUGCUUCCUCAUCAAUAAUCAGUAUUUCCAGUUGGACAUUUACAGGGAACCGGCGCAUCCCAGGUGUCGAGGUUUGAUGUUGCUAGAGACUUACACGGCGCUGACAGGUAACGAACUGAAAAAUAUCCUGCCACAAUUCCUGACAAUCGUGAAGGAAGUCACCGGCAAUCCGGAUUACAGCAUGUUCAAUCUCAGUUUGCGUGAAGAGUGGAAUAACACCAAUAAAUACUGCCACAACUUAAACGGCACCAUGCAAUAUGAUUCACUAACGUCGGAGAUCUUUAGUCUCUCGCCAUCAAAAAUGAUCCUGACGGCAGAAGCACAGAGUAACGGGUUCGACGGGCAUGGCAAAGCUGAAACUAACGCCUCCGACGCGAUCAGUAACGGCAUUGUUAACAAUGUCAAUGGUGUCAGUGGCAUCAACGGCAUGCAGAAUGGGCUGCCGAACGGUAAAGCGACGCACGCUGAGCGGUACAAUGUGAACGGCGACUCGACUGCGAUACUGGAUGACAGUCUGCGGAAAUUGAAGAUCGACGAGCCGCAGAAGAACAGAUUCGAGGACAUAAUGCAUUAACCAACGCGAUAGAUGCGCAGGAAAUUUUAGAUGGCAAUAAAGAAAAAAAAGGGAGAGAGAAAGAGAUCUAGCGAACCGCUCGAGUAAUCGCAAACGCGUAGACGGACCUACCUUCUAUUAGCACUGACGGAUUAUCUGAAUUUUAAUCCUGGUUAGGAGUAGUAUUCGUGAGGACUGCUGUUACUGCUAGAAGGGUAGAUAUCCUAAAGUAAACUUCGACGUUGCUUCGAGUGGAUAUUUUUUCUUUUUCUCGAACGUCUAUUUUUCGUUAAGAGGAACUCUGAGGCUAAUGAAUCAUACGAAUCGAGAUGAGACUUGAAUUAUUACAUUUAGUACAAACUUUACCUUGAUGGUUUCGGAAGAAAGUGACGAUUGCAGUUACAACUCAACGUAUCGCGAGUAUAAUAAUACUCGGCAAAAAUAAUAUUCGUACUUAAAACGGCGCAAACAUUUAUUGCGUGUCGUAGAGUAACUGGAGUAUUUCACGAGUAUUUAACCAGGAUUAAAGUAGCAACUAUUAGUAACCGAUAAACCUGAAAUCUCACAUAGAUAACGUCUAUUUUUUAAGCGGGCUUGCAUGCCGUAUUUAAGAGAUCUCUUUGGCAAGUACCAUAACCGAUCUCUUCGAGACCUCCGUUGAACCUGAUACCCGAAACCUGAAACGAUCGAAACAUUCAGAGUGCACUUCGCGAGUUUUCGUCAAGUGCGAUGAAAUUCUUGCAAUGUAUUUCAAUGAUCGAUUUCUCAAACAGUCCUUGGAUAAGAAAUUUUUCAUCGCAACAUUUUUAUAUGUACUAUUAGACCUUCUGUUAAGAGAUUUGAUAUAUUCUGUUAAGAUACCAAAAAAUCUUGCGAUAAAUCUUAAAUUAAGUAAGAGAAGAAGUAUGUAGCGAGUAGCAUGUAACUUAAUUCGUUGAGGUUCAAUGUGAACUUCGGUGCAAUGUUCAAUGCAGGCCUGCGAAGCGCGGUAGUCAAGAGCCGAGUAUAGUUUAACUAUAGUCUAAGUCAUUGACAAUGCAAAAUCACUGAUAACACAAGGAUAAUUUUAUUGUUCUUUAGAAGAAAUCAAGAUAAGUAUGAAACUAGAUUGAAUAUCAGAAAGAGCAUUCGUAAUUUCGUAUCGAACACUCAAGAUAAAUUUCUGUUGGUUUCGAACCUCUGUUAAUCCUUAGUGUUUCUGCGCAUAAUAUUUUAACAUCUUGUACCUCACUCGCACCGCAAUCACGACACAUUAUUCGUUAUCAUAUCAUUAAGUAAGUCGUUUGAAAAAGAAAUUGCUUAGCAAUAUUUCUCGGCAAUCUUUUUUUCGCUAUUUAUAUUUUAUUUUAAUACGCAAAUUUAAUAUGUAAUCCAAUUUAAUGUAAUUCUUUGGGUCAGUAUGUAAAAUAUUGGGCGAAUUAAUCUUUUCAACAUUGUCGAAGUUUUCUCGGAUCUAAAUCUAUCGAAAACAAAAAUAUUUAGACGUACGAUCGAGAAAUAUGCUUUGAUAUUACGAUUAUGAUAUUUGACUUUAUAAUUUCACAAACGUUAAGAACUACAUGUUAGGCUCUCACACAAUCAUUUCUGUGUUUUUCGAUUAUAUAUUAUAUAUAAGAGCCUUCACACACACACACACACACACACAGCCUGCAUUAGAAUUUAGACAUCUCUUCAAUGUACUUAAUGUUACGCGAAAAAAGGGACGUCGGGAGAUUUAAGGAUAUUAUAUUUCGACGAUCAUAGAGUAUUUCGCGUUAUACAUAAAAUGCGUACGAUAAAUCGGUGUCGAAACUGAGGUUUCAAAUGAGUUAUCAGAUUUUAACUCUUAUCAAUAUAUUAUCUUAUUUUAUAUAAAGUAUAAGUAUUAAUUACAAUUAGUAUUAAGCCUCGGAAAAUGAUUUUAAAUUCUUGAAUUCGAUUCUCUAUUUUUUAAGCAUUGUUAUCGGAUAUAUGAUGAUGUGUAUGUUCUACUGAUGGUAGUAGUUAUUUCCCCUCAUUUUCAAUUUUUACUGUUGAAUUAUUCAAAUCGUAAAUUUUAAGAAAAUUUUUUAUUCAAUUGGAAUGAAAGAUUGAAAGUGAUAUAAUUCAAAAAAGAAA